AUGGCAGCAGUGUUCGACAGGGUUAGGCGGAUUCUCCCGAGCAAUCGCCCUGAGAAAGGGGGCACACUGCGUGUGCCGACGCCCAUCCCGAGAAUCGCACACAGUUCAGACCAGUUGACGAGCUGGAACACCGCGAAGGAAUUGCCGAGAAUCCCAUCGCCCCCAGCGCCCAUAACGGAGGCUCAGCGAAGAAAAGAGCAACGACGGCAGCUGCGCGAGAGCGGCGAUUACCUCGGUGUUCAGGGCGUCAACCCGAGCACCGGCGAACUCGACACCAUGACAUCCUCAAGCGGCUCCCAGGCCAGCUACCUCGAUGAAGAGCUGCGGCAGAAGCUGUUGGCCGUCAAGAGGCGCGGCUCGCGUGCCUUGGGCUUGACCCCGGGAUGA